GCACUGUGUACCUGCUGGAGGCCAAGGGGCAUGUGUGUGUGUAAAUUCUUAGUGAUAAAUUGGUCUCAAAUUACGGAUAAACAUGGGGAUUUUAGAGAAGAUCGGGGAAAUAGAGCGGGAGAUUGGCCGUACUCAAAAAAACAAGGCCACUGAAUACCAUCUUGGGCUACUGAAGGCUAAACUUGCAAAGUAUAGGUCACAACUCUUGGAACCAACAACAAAAAGCGGGGCAAAGGGUGAGGGGUUCGAUGUGAUGAAAUCAGGAGAUGCUCGUGUGGCUCUUAUUGGUUUUCCGUCAGUAGGAAAGUCUACACUUCUGAACACCCUCACAAAGACGCAUAGCGAGUCGGCAUCCUAUGCUUUCACCACGCUGACCUGUAUACCUGGGGUCAUUGAUUACAACGGAGCCAACAUUCAACUCCUUGAUCUGCCUGGAAUCAUAGAGGGAGCUUCACAAGGAAAGGGUAGAGGUAGACAGGUCAUCGCGGUUGCUAGGACGGCCGAUCUGGUUGUCAUGAUGCUGGAUGCAAAUAAGGGGGAUGUUCAAAGAGAACUGUUAACAAAAGAGUUGGAAAGUGUUGGUCUGAGACUGAAUAAACCUAAACCGAAUAUAUAUUUCAAGGUUAAAAAAGCCGGUGGGCUAUCAUUUAACUCGACGUUGACGCUCACUAAGUGCAACGAGAAACUUAUCCAGUUGAUUCUUCACGAGUAUAAGAUUUUCAACGCUGAGGUAUUGUUCAGAGAUGACUGCACUGCAGAUGAGUUCAUAGAUGUAAUAUCAGCCAAUAGAAUACAUCUGCCUUGUCUUUAUGUAUACAACAAGAUUGAUCAGACAUCUAUUGAGGAGAUAGAUCGUAUCGCUCGUCAACCCAACAGCCUCGUACUCAGCUGCGAGCUGAAGCUCAAUCUAGACUUCCUCUUGGAGACAGUGUGGGACUACCUCGGGCUCAUCUGUAUCUACACGAAGAGGCGUGGAGAGCGACCUGAUUUUGAGGACGGCAUCAUUAUGAGGAGAGGCUGCACCGUUGAGCAUGUGUGCCAUGCCAUUCAUAGAACACUAGUAAGCAACUUCAAGUAUGCUCUUGUUUGGGGAAGCAGUGUCAAAUACAGUCCACAGCGAGUUGGUCUUCAGCAUUCACUCUGCCAGCAAGACGUCAUACAGAUCGUCAAAAAGUAAAGAGGACAGCUUUAUGACGCUGUUAUUACCAGUCCGCGAAAUGCUUAAAGCCAUGCCCAACUGUUGGGCUAGUCUUUGCUCAAUUCUGAAGUGAAUACUUUAUGUAUCAAUUUACACAUUCACAACACACACAAGUUCCGCUUGACCUUGCAAAGAAAAGUCUUAUUUUACAUUGGAGUCAUUUUACAUCAUUAAUUGUACAGCCAGUAGCUGGUUAAUCUUAAAAAAAUAUUCAUAAAUUAUGAAUAAAUGUAUUAAUUAACUGUGCUUCCUUUUGAGUUUUUUGUUGUUGUUAUGCAUUUCUGGAGAAAAAAAGGAACGGCUCUCAAAAAUGCUUUUUACAUCUCGCAAAUUUGUAGAUGUUGUGUUAUCCACAGUCACCUGAGAUUAUAAGAUGUUUUGAUUAUGAUUUUAUGAGAACUCAUUUGUGUUGAAAGAGCAAUAAAGGUAACACUGAAUUUAUUUAAUAUGCCACACAGUUGAUUCUGACUGGCACCCAAACAAAAUGUAUUAACAUAAUAGGUAGACCCCCCCCCCCCCAACAUAUUCCUUGGCUUCACUAGACUAGACUAUCUUUAUGAGAAAGAGCUCUAUACAAUGUUCAACUUGUAAAUUGUUUUUUUAUUUGAAAAACAAAAUAUUAAAGAAGAUCUCAUUUAAUUUUUAAAUAAGACACUGCUCUAG